UCAGUUUGAACUCGGAUUUGAAGCGGAACGCUGGCGCGCUUUUCACCUCCUAACUAUCGCUUUUUAUUUGGUCUGUGCUCUAUAUCAACGCAAAAGUGAAAUAUUUCUUCAGUUGCGUGUAGUUGCAAUCACCGAGCAUGAAGUUUUGUCUGGUGGGCCUGUUGGGGUUAUUCUUUCUGGUGACAGCGGUUUCAGCAAAUCGCACAUUUACAGUAGACUACGACAACGAUCAGUUCCUAAAAGAUGGAGAGUCCUUUCGAUUUAUUGCGGGUUCCUUCCACUACUUCCGGGCGCAUCCAGCCACCUGGCAGCGGCAUUUGCGAACCAUGAGAGCUGCGGGACUCAAUGCGGUGACUACCUAUGUGGAAUGGUCAUUGCACAAUCCCCGCGAUGGCGUUUACGUUUGGAGUGGCAUUGCCGACUUGGAGCACUUUAUUCGCCUGGCCGUGGGCGAGGAUCUGCUGGUCAUUCUACGUCCGGGACCGUAUAUUUGUGCCGAGCGUGAUAUGGGCGGCUUUCCCUACUGGCUGCUCAACAAGUACCCGGGGAUUCAACUUCGCACAGCGGAUGUCAAUUAUCUCAGCGAGGUGCGCCUUUGGUAUUCCCAACUGUUUGCCAAGGUGUCAAAAUAUCUGUACGGGAAUGGGGGACCCAUUAUCAUGGUGCAGGUGGAGAACGAAUACGGUUCCUAUUUUGCCUGCGAUCUGAAAUACCGCAAUUGGAUUCGCGACGAGACCGAGAGUCAUGUGCAAGGCCAUGCGGUGCUCUUUACCAACGACGGACCCAGUGUGCUGCGCUGUGGUAAAAUCGAUGGUGUCCUGGCCACCAUGGACUUUGGAGCCACCAACGAUCUCAAGCCCGUAUGGGCCAAAUUGCGGAGGUAUCAGUCCAAGGGACCUCUGGUCAACGCCGAAUACUACCCCGGAUGGUUAACCCACUGGACGGAACCGAUGGCCAAUGUGAGCACAGGGUCAAUCACUUCCACUUUCAUAAAUAUGCUGGACAGUGGCGCCAGUGUCAACUUUUAUAUGUUCUACGGCGGCACUAAUUUUGGAUUCACGGCCGGCGCCAAUGAGAUCGGGCCGGGUAACUACAUGGCGGACAUUACCAGCUACGACUACGAUGCACCCAUGACGGAGGCGGGGGAUCCCACGCCCAAGUAUUUGGCCCUGCGCCGCAUCAUCGCCCGCUACCUUCCCCUGCCCAAUCUGCCGGUGCCCGGACCCGUUCCCAAGCGGUCCUACGGAACUGUGCGUCUGAUCAGCUGCUGCACCUUGCUCUCCCCGGAUUCGCGAAAACGUCUCUCCACUGGCUUCGUGCAGUCUGCCAAACCGAAGAGCUUUGAGGCUCUGGGGCAGUAUUCGGGACUGGUACUUUACGAGACCUGGUUGCCCAGCUUCCAGCGGGAUCCGAGCAUUCUCAACGUGCCCGGAGUGGCGGAUAGAGGUUACGUCUACGUGGACGGGGAGUAUGUGGGUCUGGUGGCCCGGGAAACACCCAUUUUUGAGCUAUCUCUGAGUGCAAGUGCCGGACGGAAGCUGCAGAUCAUCGUGGAGAACCAGGGUCGUAUCAAUUAUGGCCGCCAACUCAAUGACUUCAAGGGCAUCCUGCGGGAUGUGCGGCUGGACAGACAUGUGCUGACUAACUGGAACAUGACCCAGUUCCCGCUGGAGUCGUACGACAAUCUGGAGCAGCUGAUCACCCAGUCGAACGAGGCAGCUCGCCAAGGCUUCCAGGUGCUAAAGAACUUGAGGACAAUGCUUCGCAAUGGUCCCGCCAUCUACCACGGAUAUCUAGAAAUCCAGAAGGAGGCGGACCUGGCAGACACCUAUUUGGACAUGUCCGGCUGGGGCAAGGGCAUUGUGUUCUUGAACGGCGAGAAUAUCGGCAGAUAUUGGCCACUGGUGGGGCCGCAAGUCACCCUGUAUGUGCCGGCCCCGGUGCUCAAGGUGGGCUCCAAUCGCCUGGUGGUGGUGGAGUACCAGCAGACACCAUCCUCACUGGAGCUGCACUUCCGGGACACCCCCAUUCUGAAUGCGAGAACCGUUUAGGUCCUGGCCCAAGGGCUUUCGCGACGUGCAUCCAUCGCCAUACAUCAUGCAUCAUUCGUUAAUGUAGAUCUAAAUGUAAAUUUAUGCGGUUUAAGUUCUUUGCGAGACAUUAAAGCGACUCCGAGACGGACGCGUCCUGUCUGCCUCGUUAUCCCUUUUGUAAAA